AUGGAAGAACUGAAAGACCUAAUGAAAAAUAACAAUGUACAGGUUAAAACUGAGUCAGAAAUUAUUAUUAAAUUACUUCAGGAGUAUAAAGAUUUAGAAGUUAUAACAGAUGUAAACAUCGAUAAAGCUUUGUCAAUACUUCAAGAUCUGGAAUAUCUUGUUCAUAAAUUUGAUAAUGGACUGGAGUUCUUAAAGCAUGGAGGUAUAGAGUUAAUCGUAAUACCAAAUUUGGACAAUAUCACAGAUGAAAUCACCAUGCAAACACUGGAACUUGUAGCAGCUUGUAUGCAAAACAAUAAAAAAGUUCAACAGUUAAUUUUUGAAUAUGGAAUAGGAGAAAAAAUCUUGAAACUUGUAGAACAUGGUUCAAAUGGCAUUAAAAAUAAAGCAUUAUAUACUUUAGGUUGUCUUGUAAGAGAUUUUCCGCAUGCGCAACAAAAACUUGUAAUCGAAGUCGGCAGUUCAAUUUUAAGAAAAGUUCUGAAUGAUUUUGAUGAACAUGAUAUGAAAGUAAAGCUGCGGUUAAUCACUUUAUUACAAGAUUUAAGCGAUGAGAAUGCUUCUUCUUUCUUUUUUGAUAUACCUGCAUUUUCACUGUGUUGUUGGCGAUACGUUUUAUUUUCCAUUACAUUUGACAGACUUGCAAUUCGGGUCACUCACGAAUUGCUAAGUUUUUCAUUUAUUUUCGCUGGUCGUUCUUCAAAAAAUUAUAGUCUUCGUGUUUUAGGAUUUAAACACACGGCAAGACAUAUUGUAGAACGCCAGCGAAUUUGGGUUAUAGUUCACUCAUCAAAAAUGGCUAACAUCACAAAAAAUCGUAAAAACAUCGAGCCACCACGGCCUUUGAAAUCAGCUCAAAAAUCUACUAUGAGCACACAGGAUAAUCAAGUGACAGAUGAAUAUCUUAUAUCAUUUGCUGAAACACUAUCGAACACUAUAUUAACGAAUCCUACGGAUCAAAGUUCACUUUGUGAGUUGAUGUGGCUGAGUAAUCAACUAAAGUUGCGUGGCCCCAUAUUAGAAGUGAAUUAUGGAGAUUCUCUGGAUAAAAUAUUUUUUAUGUUUCGAAACGUAUUACAAUUCGAUAAUCUGAAUUAUAAUAUUCGCUUGCCUUUAUUGCAAUUGGUAGAAUUAAGAGCAAACCGAUGGAAAUGUACAGAUGGAGUUAAUUCUUAUUAUCGGCCUAAAGUUUCAAAAAUUCAAGAGACAUCACCUAUAGAGCCAGUAAUUCUCAGUACUUCACCAGAACCAUUUAGCAAUAUAGCUCCUGGUCAGCAAUUAUUAGAACAAGGUGAAGUAGUACGAGCUUCUGGAAAAUAUAAUAAACCCACAAAGAUACAGGGCAAGAAUUAUUUUAAAGAUGAAGUUGUAAUAAGAAAUGCAGAUUCGGGAAAAGUAAUGGGAAUCAAAGGGAGAAGAGUCCAUAUGAUUGAAGAAUUAAGUGAGACGAUAAUUUCCUUUCAAAGAGUUAAUCCAGGAGCGAAAGAAAGACUAGUCCAGAUUACAGGACCAUCAGAGGAAAAAAUUAACUAUGGCAAGCAAUUGAUAGAAGAAACGAUUCGCCGCAAUGCAUCUCCUGUCCGAUCACCUGAAUGUAUUGCACUACUUGGAGGCGGUGAUUAUGAACCUGAUCCGGAUGUAAGAAAUUCCAUUAUGGCUAAUCAGGAUGACAAUACUUAUGAAUAUUCACGAAAUCGUUCUGCUAGUGAAUGUGCACCUGAGGAAUUUAAAUACUCUGUUAUUAUCGGAAAUGAAGUUAUCAAAAUCACAGGAACAUGUCUCAAUUAUGUUACUGCUGCCAAAUUAGAGCUGGAUAAAUUCUUUUCUAAUACAUAUUUUGAAACUGCAAAUAAAAAUAAUGUAGAAAAUGGCGAAGUUUUCCUUACUGCCAAAUCUGAUAUGAUAGAUGAAAUUACUGAUGGCUUUGGAAAUGGAUUCUCUAUUUCCGAAGAAGCGCCAAGCAAACCCAUUGAAAGAAGAAAAUAUUUUCAUAGGAAGUCCUCGGAGUUUAAGGACUAUCCAGAACCAAGUGUCAAUAAUGGACUCCAUAAAUAUAGUCAUGAGACUUUAGUAAAUCUUUCCAAAACUCCUCUCUCUCGAAUUGCGCCUAAAAGUUUAGAUGUGAUGUCUCAAAACAAUAUUAAUCGCGCAACUAAGACUGGUGAAACCUUUGAUGCGGCUGCUUACUUCGCACAGGAGAAAGAUUGCCCUCAAACUACAGUGAUCAGUGCUUCAGAUGUUAAAGCAGAAUCUCCUGAUCCAGAAUAAAUAUAUUUAUGUAUUGCUGAAGGGCAGUAUUUUAUAUAUAUAAUAUUAGCCAGCAAUAUACAUUAAGUCGUUGGAUGAUUUUUAGUAGAAUUAAAAAUCAUUCUUAGCAACAUAUGAAUGAAACAUCUAUUUUUAGAUUUACAUGUUAUACAACUCGGAAAUA